UCUAGGCCUUGCGAGCUUAGCUCUUGCUGAGGUGGUUUUCUCUUGACUUUGCUCAGAAAGCACAACAGGGUUUUCUUUUCCUUCUUGCCCCAGCAAAAGUUCCAGUAAAACCCCGAUGCAGUGAACUUAGCUUGAUGACCAUGUCUUAUCAUCAGCAACGGAGCAAGCUUGAAGCCUUCGCCAUGAGUUCCGGCCAUACUAUCGUUCAUAUCUUUGCUUGUACAACCCAUUUCUAGAACUUCUCGAGGUAGAUCACUACCAUUCAGUCCGAAAAAGAAAUCUUUGAGCGACGCCUCGAUGAGCUUCAAACUCGAGACAGGCCAGACCUUGAAGCACCAAAAGCACAGGCUUUCAUCAAUGAACUGCAGCAUAACAUCAGACAGCUUCAAUAUAAAGUUGAAGAGGUAGAAGAAAAAUUUCGAGAAGCAAAUGGUCGGGCAGUCAGGGUAGUCACUCAACGAAAUAAAGCACUUAAUGAAAAAUAUGAACUACGUGUUAAGAUAGAUGAUUUGGUUGAAGAGGUGGCGAGACUCAAAGAACAGAUUUCACCUGCGCCCUUGAGAUGUGAAGCAGGAAUCAAGAGAGCUAGGAUUGCGACUUUGAGCCUGAGUUCUAGAGAGAGAAGUGACAUGGGUGGUGGUGGUAAUGAUUCAUUUGGCAUGAAUGACGAUAAUAAAUUUCAUGGUGCUGUUCCUCCACGUUGGAUCAGCGAACAUGUAAAGUCUGAGACAGAUGACAUGGAAAGUAAUGGUAGGUUGAUGAAGAAGGUUAGGAGAGAAAUUCUAGAGGUCAUUGAGUUGGAUUGAGCUAAGUAUUCAAACAAAAUGGCGGGUACUGGAAUGAAAGUCUAUCUGGGAAUAUAGUCUUUGCAAUUGGUAGUAGGAAAUUUAUUCAAUAAUUAUAAGUAUACUAGCUUUUAAACGAAUAGAUAAUAAGUCUAAUACUCUCUUUUCGGGC